AUGACAAUAGCUUCUCUCCCAAAUCCAAAAACGUCCCUCGAGGCAAUAUCCGAGAUACUGCUGAGAGAUGUUAACAAAGGCUCUACGUUUAAGGCUAGCAUGUUGUGGCAACAUUCGCCAACUUUGAUUUUUGUUGUCAGAAGGCCGGGGUGUUGGCUGUGUCGAGAGGAAGCAUUAAAGCUAUCCAACAUGAGAGCCCUAAUUACCGAGAUGGGUAUCAAUAUGUAUGCUGUCGUCCAUGAGAACAUCAAGGGCCAGAUCGAGGAGUUUGCUAAUGAAUAUUGGCAUGGGAAAGUGUACCUGGACGAUAACAAAGGAUUUUAUAAAGCACUUGGUGGCGGACAUUUGCGACUCUUUAAAGCGUUUAAUCUAUUUAAACCGUUUGUAGUCGGCAGCCUUGAAAUCAGAGGCAAUUUCGUAGGCGAAGGACGUAUCCUCGGCGGCCUCUACAUUGUCAACGCGGGACAAGGCGGAAUUGUGUAUGAACAUGUUGAAAAAAUAGCCGGUGAACACGCUUCUGUUAACGAGGUCCUUGGUGCGUGCGAUAUUGUUUCAACCAAGAAAGAUAAUAUAGAAUUGAAUAAAAUGGAGACGGAUAUAAUUGUCAAGAAGGCUACGGAAAAGGUUGAAGAAAAGAAGAAAUCAAAGAAAAUUGUUGGUAUAUGCACUGAAGAUGGGUGCGAGGACGGUGGGUGUUGUUGA